AUGGUCAAUACGGGUCACCCGAGCAGGGCAUGCAAGCUCUGUCGCGCGAGGAGGAUCAAGUGUGACGAAACUAAGCCCUUUUGCCUCAAAUGCGCCAAGUCGAAAAGAGUCUGCCCAGGCUAUCGGGAUGCAUUCGAGAUCAACCUUCGCGAUGAGACUCAAUCAACCAUCCGCAAGGCGAAGUCGGCCGCGUUACGCAAGGCUAUUCGGGAGGGUCGCGCGACGGAGCAGGAUGCGGAAGACGAAUGCCAAAAUCAACCACAGGUGAUGGAAUGGACACCGCCAGCAGCACCGCCUCCACGAAAACAGCACAUCAUUCCAAUUACAGAGGACGAUUGGUUUGACAGGUACUCAAAUUCGUCCUCUUCUGAAGCCUCGCCUUCCAUGUCGUAUGCCUCUUCGCUGUCGUACAUUAGCAAUCAGGCGCCCGACGCGUUCGUUUCGUUCAAAGACAUCGAAGGGGGAACAUAUGGCAUGCCGCACACCUUGCAGACACCUCUCGACCAACAAGCGACAUGCUACUUCCUGGCAAAUUACGUGCUUGCCCCUCCAACCGGAAUUGGCAGGGGAAUCCUCACAUUCGUCCUGCCUCUGCUGAAUAUGCCCAGCUACCAAGCGUCUCCUCUUCAAUCAGCCUUUUCAGCUGUGUCAAUGGCUGCUCUGGCCGGUAGGCCAAAUUCGCGACGGUUAUCCUCGAUGGCCCAUCUUCACUAUAGCAAAGCGUUAGAGGACUUGACUCGAGCUAUGCAAGAUAAGAUUGCUGUCAGGCAGGAUACCACGCUUGCCUCGGCAAUCCUCUUGGCCUUUUACGAAGGACUAGUCUCUGACGACGUUGAAAUGUCUGGGUUCAAGAAACAUAUCUCUGGGGCGACUGCGAUAGUCAAACUACGUGGGCCGCAACAAACGCACUCUGGCGUUGGCUUGAGCAUGUUUGAAUUUGUUCGGGCGACAUCGGUCCGGCAAUACACCUUCUUUGCAAAUAUUUCUUUGGAAGACUUGACUUGGUGGGCGCGGCAAGCAGUCUGCGACACUGUCGGUCACCAAGCUUUGGUACUAAACCUCCAAACGACGCUCAUCCGUGGCGAGGCCGACAGUUUGUUGAAGGGAGCACGAACAACUGAUAAGAUUGACAAGGCCUUGAAGCUUCUCCAAAGAGCUCGGAAAAUGGACGACGAUCUUGGCGUAUGGUUCGACAAAUGUCCACCAGCAUGGAGGAAAGUCAUCUCAGGAUCAGCUGCGGAGGUGCCAGAGGACAAGAUCGGCUUCGUUUCGGCGUUUCCGGGAACGAUUUAUGACUACCCGAACGUGUGGGCAGCCGGAAAGCACAUCAAUACUCACGUAUCUCGACUUCUCCUGAACCAGGUCGUUGUCCGCUGCAUUGCUUGGGUCUGCGCACCGAGCGACCAUACUCUGACAAAAGAAUACAUUGACGCCAACCGGAUUGGAACCGAGCAAGUUGCGGACAUCAUCUCGAGCACUCCGUACUUUUUCGGAUGGACCGGCGAUUCUCUUAGUACUCCAUACUUCCCAUGCGGGACAUCUGAGAUGCCCAAAGGCCUAGCUGGUGUUUCUUGUAUGUGGCCGUUGUUGGCUACCGGAUCGAGUCGUUUCGCAACUAGAAAACAACGGAUAUACGUCAAAGCCCGUCUUGCAAAAAUUGCAGACGAAAUGGGCAUCCGUCAAGCCGACGUUUUUUCAAAGGUGAGUAGUUUAAUCUCACUCAAUCGUUUCAACCACUGA